AUGUUUCUUGGUAUUACAGAAAAAGAACACUGGUUCGAUACGUACAAUUUCUACUCGUCUCGUCGUUUCGAGUUUUCCCUGAAUGAUAUCUUUGACAAAGACGGCGAAUAUCUGAUAAACGGGGAGCUCACAAUCGUUGCCGAGGUGGAGGUUCUUGAAGUUGUUGGCAAAUUAGAUGUAACAGAGGUGACUUCAACAAUAAUGGAAACCAUGGAUGUUAAUGGCUUUCAACUCCCAUCUUCACAGGUGGGUUUUAUGAGCUAUUUGUUUGAAAGACACCCUGAGAUUGCAUCUGAAUUCCGUUCAAAGAAUCCAAGUCUUAGGGCAGGCUUCAUGAGUUUGCUGUUUAGUCUGAUUGAGUCUCUGCGCCAUUCGCCUUACAAGCUCGACAAGGACGAUCUAGCAGUGGCACGUGCUGCAUUAGGAUCCAUGACUGAAGCUGGAUUUAAGUUGGAUUGGUUGGAGAAGAAACUUGAUGGGAUGACAGAAAAGAAGGAGAAAGAAGAGGCUGGUGAGACUCGGAUUCAAGAAAUUGAGAAUGAGCUGAAAGACUUGAAACAGAAGUGCUCAGAUCUCGAAGCUGAACUGGAGAAGGAGAAAUCUGAAGUUUUGGCUGUAAAAGCACCAAUAUCAUUCAAAGAUGUUAUUUAA